CUCAUCCACUUCUUCGAAACCUAGAACAUUUCCACUCUGAACCAUAAAUUCUGCAAAAAAUGGCGUCAAUUUCUUUAGCUUCAAAUUUACUUCAACAACCUACAAAAUCAUUUAAAAUCCAGUCAAAAUCUUCAUUUUAUCAGCCUAGAGUAGUUUCUGUUUCAAUUUCUCGUGGAUUUUCUUCAACAUCAAUCUCCUUAAAUCCCAGAGAAACUCUCUCGAGGGUUUCUGCCGUUGCUGAAGAAACAGAUGUAUCUACUCAAGAUAGUUCGUCCCCAUCUGCAAGAAAAUUGUAUGUUGGUAACAUCCCUAGAACUGUCAACAACGAGGAACUUGAAAAGUUGUUUGCCGAACAUGGAGCUGUGGAGAAAGUUGAGGUCAUGUAUGAUAAGUAUUCUAAGAGGAGCCGUCGGUUUGCAUUUGUUACUAUGAAGACAUCAGAGGAUGUAGCUGCAGCUAUUGAAAAGAUGAAUGAAUCGGAAAUUGGAGGGCGGCAAAUUAAAGUAAAUGUAACUGAGAAACCUUUGGAUACCACGGAUUCACCCCUUCAAGCUGCAGAAUCCAAAUUUAUUGACAGUCCAUACAAGGUCUACGUGGGUAAUCUUGCAAAGACAGUGACUUCUGAUAUUCUUAGCAAAUUUUUCUCAGAAAAGGGUCAAGUCCUGAGUGCUAAAGUGUCCACAGUGCCUGGAACUUCAAAGUCCAGUGGUUUUGGAUUUGUUUCCUUCUCGUCAGACGAGGAUGUUGAGACUGCCAUUUCAUCAUUUAAUGAUGCUUUACUAGAAGGACAAAAAAUCCGUGUAAACAAAGCCUGAGCUCGGAGAUGACGAAUAUUUGUGUGCAUUAUAAGUAGAUUUUUUUUCUUCUUCAUUUUGUUGUUUUCUGAGAAGAAACUUUGAGUAAUGUCCCAGUGAGUAUAUUUGCGUUUCUUCUCCCAAUUUUCAAGUAGAUUCUUUUCUUUGAUACAAAAGGAAAUUUUAUCGCUUAGUGAAUGAUAAAGUUCUGGUCUAUGGCCAGAAGACCACAUAUUACACUAUCAAAAUCAUCAGAAGUUUCUAAUGCCAA